AUGUCAACGGUGGCAAAGGAGCUACAGUUGCUUCCCACUAGUGGUUUCAAGAAUAUCAAGCUUGAUGAACCUGUCGAAGAAGAGGAGUUGCCUGGAUCAUUACCAAAUACUCGAAAAGCUUGGACUCGGUGUUUUGUCGGCGACCUGGCUAGCCCGGGAUCUAAGAUCUCUCGCAUCAUGCGACCUGAUGUAGGACCAAUGCUGCUAACUGAUUUUGGAGAAGCCAGAAUUGGCCCUGGACCUCAUGCUGGUAAUAUCAUGCCCUUGAAGCUUGAGGAUCUCCUAGAGCCCAGGGGUCUUUUCACGCCUCGUGAUGACGAUGAAUAUCUUUAUGAUACUGCUCAUAUAGCUCAGCUCAUUGCUGCACUUGAACCACUGCCGCCUGGAUUUUUGGCUAGGAAUGGAGAGACAAGAGUGGACUUCUGGGACGAGCAGGAUCUUGAUAUUUUGUUCGUUUUUUAUACCGGGCUACAAAACGACGGCAUUGCUGCCUAUGACAGGCAGGGGUUCCUGGCUCAACUAUUCAUCUCUUACACUACUCACUCACCUCAAAAGAUUGAUUAA